GGGGUUCCCGGAAGCGGCCCCUCCCGCCAGUUUGCCGGCAUCUCGGAGCCCGCGCUCGCAGACUGAGGACACCGGCGUGUCUUCCGCGUUCUCCUUUCCGCUCGGCGUCCCUGCCUCGCGCCCGAUGGUGAGUAGUGUGUUGUGCCGCUGCGUGGCUUCCCCGCCGCCGGACGCCGCCGCCGCCGCCUCGUCGUCCGCCUCGUCGCCAGCGUCUGUGGACCCGUGCGGCGGCGCCGUCUGCGGGGGCCCGGACCACCGGCUGCGCUUGUGGAGCCUCUUCCAGACGCUCGACGUCAACCGCGACGGCGGCCUGUGUGUCAACGACCUGGCCGUGGGGCUGCGACGCCUGGGACUACACCGCACCGAGGGCGAGCUCCGGAAAAUUGUACAGGCUGGUGAUAAAGACCUUGAUGGGCAGCUAGACUUUGAAGAGUUCGUCCAUUAUCUCCAAGAUCACGAGAAGAAACUGAGGCUGGUGUUCAAGAGUUUGGACAAAAAGAACGAUGGAAGAAUCGAUGCUCAGGAGAUCAUGCAGUCCCUGCGGGACCUGGGAGUCAAGAUAUCUGAACAACAGGCAGAAAAAAUUCUCAAGAGCAUGGAUAAGAACGGCACGAUGACCAUCGACUGGAACGAGUGGCGAGACUAUCACCUCCUGCACCCCGUGGAAAACAUCCCCGAGAUCAUCCUGUACUGGAAGCACUCCACGAUCUUUGAUGUGGGUGAGAAUCUGACAGUCCCCGAUGAGUUCACGGUGGAGGAGAGGCAGACGGGGAUGUGGUGGAGACACCUUGUGGCCGGAGGUGGGGCUGGGGCCGUAUCCAGAACCUGCACCGCCCCGCUGGACAGACUCAAGGUGCUCAUGCAGGUCCACGCCUCCCGCAGCAACAACAUGUGCAUCGUGGGUGGGUUCACCCAGAUGAUUCGCGAGGGAGGGGCCAAGUCACUCUGGCGAGGCAAUGGCAUCAAUGUCCUCAAAAUUGCCCCCGAGUCAGCCAUCAAAUUUAUGGCCUACGAACAGAUCAAGCGUCUUGUUGGGAGUGACCAGGAGACACUGAGGAUUCACGAGAGACUUGUGGCAGGGUCCUUGGCAGGGGCCAUCGCCCAGAGCAGCAUCUACCCGAUGGAGGUUCUAAAGACCCGGAUGGCCUUGCGGAAGACGGGCCAGUACUCAGGCAUGCUGGACUGUGCCAGGAAGAUCCUGGCCAGAGAGGGAGUGACCGCCUUCUACAAAGGCUACGUUCCCAACAUGCUGGGGAUCAUCCCCUAUGCCGGGAUAGACCUAGCCGUCUACGAGACGCUCAAGAACGCCUGGCUGCAGCGCUACGCAGUAAACAGCGCAGACCCUGGCGUGUUUGUGCUCCUGGCCUGCGGCACCAUGUCCAGCACCUGUGGCCAGCUGGCCAGCUACCCACUGGCUCUGGUCAGAACCCGGAUGCAGGCUCAAGCCUCCAUUGAGGGCGCUCCAGAGGUGACCAUGAGCAGCCUCUUCAAACAGAUCCUGCGGACCGAGGGGGCCUUCGGGCUGUACCGGGGGCUGGCUCCAAACUUCAUGAAGGUGAUCCCAGCCGUGAGCAUCAGCUACGUGGUGUACGAGAACCUGAAGAUCACUCUGGGCGUGCAGUCGCGGUGACGGGAGGGAGGGCAGCGCCGCCCAGCGGACUCGCUAAUCCUGGGCCUGCGGCCCCGGGAUGUGUAGCCAUCUCAUUCUGUGAAUGUGCCAACACUAAGCUGACUUAAGCCAAGCUGUGAAAGCCCUGGGCUGCACCCGCAAGGGAGGGGAGAAACGCUGGCGGGCCCGCCGGAUACGUCCUGCUGACCCUGGCCCCACCCCCAUGUCCAUUCCAGGAAAGACCCAUUGGUGUUCCCUGAGGUCCAGGGGUCAGCAGGACACAGGCUUAUUUAUGUGCAGUAGGGACAGGACGUUUCCCGCAGUGCCUGCCUAACAGCAGGGCUUGGAGGCUGGCUUAGUUCUUCCAUCUCUUCCUCGCACCCAGAACAUGGGCCGCGGGCCCCGGCCCUCUGGUCUGCCUGUGGGCACCUUCCCUGUGCCCACUUUGCUUCUUCCUCACUGCUGUUUUAAUAUGGUAGGAGGAGGGCUGCCAGCCCACUCCCCACAUCCCUCCUCACUCCGCUCUCCUCAGCCCGUGGUCAAAGGUGGUGGCACCCGACCCUGCCACAGCCACUCCUCAGUCGUGGAGGGAGGAGGGAGGAGUCUGGCUUCUGCGCUCACCUCAUCUGAGCUCACCAGCAGCUGGGCACCCCGAUGUGCACGUGCGUGCAGGGGCGAGGCCCUGCCCCACUGCUGGCUGCCUGGAAGGCCAGUACUGGUCCUGGGAUCCCCGAGGCCUCCGCACCAUGCUGCUGGGGGGCCUCCCGGGGUUCUGAGCUGGCCCCAGACUCUGUCAGGACUGGCACCAGCUCAGAACCAACGUCCCGUCCCCACUCUGGCUGGAGGCAGUGGGGCGUGCUGUAGCGCGAAGGGCAGUUUCUGCCCUGUGUCCGCGUGCCCUGGCGAGAAGGAAAAGGGUUAAAGGCCUUAAUUAUGUGUUGUCGAGAAAAGGGUUUUGUUCAGAAAGACAAGCUGGACAAAUGUGCAGAUUCUCUGCUUCCAGAAGGAAGACAAAGGGAGUGGAUAGCUUGGCUGACUGCAUUAAAGUCUGUUUCUGUUGCCCCUGGGGAUUUAUGUCCAGUCCCAACUGGGGCAAGUGGGACCAGCCUCACAUUCCACUGACGUGAUGUAUCACACUGCUUGGAGCCUAUUUAUUUCGUAUUUAUUUGAACAGAGUUAUGUCCUACCUAUUUUUAUAGAUUUGUUUAAUUAAUAGCCUGUCAUUGUCAAGUUCAUUUUUUAUUCAUAUUUAUGUUCAUGGUUGAUUGUACCUUCCCAACAUCCGUGAGGUGGGGUGAGGACAGGAAGGGGGUCCGUGGGAGCGACCCUUCCCACCACUGCUAGCACCGACGUCACUUCUGUCCACAGGUAGAAGGUGGGGGGACCCUGAUUGCACAGAUGCCCUUUGGCACGUUGGGGUGUGCGUGCACCCAGGAAGCCUUAGGAUCUGAGGGUUUGUUGGGGGCGGAAGAGUGGGAGAAAUCUCAGUUCCAUUGACCACGGAAAUCUAGAUCCCUCCUCGGACUGGGAGGAUUGCUUUAUUUCACCCUUUUUGAAUGACAAGGCAGCAAGGUGCCUAUCACUGUGAGUUUGGGGUGGGGCUAGAGGAGAGGGCAGCCAGCUCCCCACUCCACCUGUGACGUGGGCUCCUCCCGCCACCCCCCACCUGCUGCCCCUGUUCAGUAAUGCUGGUCAACCUGCAACCUCAGUUGUACCUCCAUCCCACCAGAAUGGCCUGAUGAGGACAAUUUAAAUAGGAUGCAAAGAUCAAUGCAAAAAUUACCGUUAUAUAUAAAUAUAGUUAUAACUGGAAUUUGUGAAAAAACAAAUUAAGAACGAAAUGGAAGUUGUCAUUUAAAAAGAGCCUUCUAAUAAAGUUGUUUCAAAAGCUGA